AUGGAUGGUCUCAUCAAGGGCUUGAUCGACGUAGCUCUCGGCGGCAACGACGAUCGCGAUCAAGACAACGACGACGAUCGCCAAUCACGAGACGAACGAUCCAGAUCUUCAUGGGCGGAGGUCGUUUCCGGAGAUCAGGAUUCCGAUCACCGUCCUCACACUCAGGCGAAGCAGGAGGAGUGGAAAUCCGAAGGUUCUAGAAUCUCCAAUAGACCGAACAACUACAAGAAGGAGGAAGUAGAAUCAUGGCAAAACGAUAGUAACCGUCAAAGGCCUAAUAAGGAACAGGAGUGGGAAUCGGAAACAUUCAAUUCUUCCAACCGACCGAACAAGUCAGAUGAAGAUAAAAAUGAUGGAUGGCAGACUGUGGGCAAACCUUCAAGACAGAGACACAAGGUUCCAAAGGAUAACUGGAACAGCUAUAAACUUCCUUCUGAUGAGCAACAAUACUCCAAUGAAGUUGAGGUUGGUGCCAGAGUAGAGCCCUCAGAAGAUGAACUCGUUGAUCUAUCAAGAGCUUGUGAAAAACUCUGGGAACUGGAUUUAAAUCGUUUGGUACCUGGCAAAGACUAUGAAAUUGACUGCGGUGAUGGGAAAAAAGUUUACCAAAAGGAUGAUAUGGCGCAGGGGAGCUUGUUUACAUGGGUUAGUGAUGAUGUGUUCCGAAAGCCUACUUAUGCUCGAUUUCUUUCACUGUUAGAUAAUUACAAUCCACAUCAAGGAUCUAAGGAGGUUGUCACAUCUGAAGAGAAACAAGAGCAAGCUUCUUUCAUAGAAGAAAUUAGUAGAACAGCACCGAUAAAGUAUCUUCACAAGUUUCUUGCAUCCAAAGGAAUCACAUCAGGGAGUUCCCAAGAUUUCAAAAGACUGUUGACCAGUUUGUGGUUUGAUCUUUAUAGCCGAUGUGGAACUUCUGGUUCCUCUUCCGCUUUUGAGCAUGUUUUUGUUGGAGAAAUCAAACAAAGCAGUGAAGUUUCUGGAUUUCAUAACUGGCUGCAGUUUUACCAUGAAGAAGCAAAUGGAAGAGUUGAUUAUCAAGGCUAUAUUUUUCCCCGUCGACGGGGUGAAACUCCUGACUCUGAAACUCAGCUUCUGACAAUUCAAUUUGAAUGGAAUGGUGUUCUAAAAUCUGUAUCAAGUACUUUUGUUGGAGUGAGCCCUGAAUUUGAAAUCGCUUUGUAUACCCUGUGUUUCUUCGCUGGUCAGGAAGAUAACCACAUUCAGCUUGGUCCAUAUGCUGUUAACAUCAAGUGCUAUCAUUUAGGCAAUCAAAUUGGAUCUGUUUUCCCCAUUGCAGAUUCAUGA